AUGCAUUGUCCUUGUCCCGUCAACCGAACAGCUUUGGCAUCGCGAAUGGCUGGCUCUACCCGCUCCGCAGAAGAGGCUUCAGCCUUUGAGCGGGACGCUCCGAGUGCCUUGGGAGCCCUUGUGGCCUCGACUCGCGAAGGUCUCCGCAAACCAGUGGUGCCUGCAUUGCUGAGCUCCACCGACCCGGGUUUGGAGGUGCUCCUUCGCAGCUCUCUGGCUCGGCUGGAAGCUCGUGUGCGGGCUCUCGAGGGCCAGGGCGUGCGCUCGGAUCGCCGUGCUGCAGAGCUGGCGGGGCUUGCGCAGGCACUUACCGAAGAGCAGCGCACGCUGUUGAUCCGGCUGGAUCGGCUCGAGGAGCAGAUGAAGCCCUGGCAGCAAAAGGAGGCUCAGGCUCCGGAGGAACGCCUUUCGCGCUUGGAGCGGGAACAACGUGCAGCAGCACUAGAGCUCAGGUUGGCGUCGUCGUCUGCUGAGGAGGCCUCGCAGCGGCAGCAGCAGCGGCUGCGAGCCCUGGAAGGACGCCUGGAGGAUGCGCUGGAGUCUCGGCUGUUGGCCUGGGAGGCAGCUGCCAAGCCUGGCGAUGCACCCAGGACACCCGUGGAGACAGAGCCAGUGGCGCUCCAUCUUCGGAGCCUAGUUGCCUCAUCGCCUCUUCGAGCUGACACCUCGCUUCUUGCAGAGCUUCGUCAUGAAGUGGCCUCGGAGGUGUCAGCAGAAGUGCGGCUUUUGCGCACACAGAUGGAUGAGGUCCAUCGGCGGAGCGCUAGCACAUUCAGUGAGACGCUGGAAGCUCGCGUCACAGGUCUGGCGGAUGCAGUGGAGGAGCUCCGGACGCAGCUGGACGCACCACCCAAGCAGCACGAGGACAGCGCCUGCAGUCCCAUAUCACCGAAGCGUCUCGAAGACUCUGAGGCCGCCGAUCCAGCACCGGCUCAGGUGGAAGUGCUCCAAGAUUUCACUGCUGAGCUGCGCACCCUGGUGGAGGAGCGCUUGCUGAUUUCUUUGGCAGAGCUAGAGCAGCAGGUGCCACAGCUUUGCCGCCAACAAGAGCUGCAAGCUGCGGACGCCGCCGAACGGGCAGGAAAGCUGCAGGAGUUUGAGGUCCGAAUGGAGAUGGUGUCUCGACGCUUGGGGACGCAGGAAGAAAGGUUGCAGAGCUGCUUCGAUCGGAUGGAGCGGCUCCCGCAACUGCCACAGCUUCGCAAACUCUGCCGCGAGGAGGCCCAGAAGCGGCUCGGCGAGGAGCUUCCCGGCCUUUCCGGUGACCUGGCGAGGCAGCAAGAAGUCCUCGACGAGGUUCAGCUUCAGCUGCAGCGUCUUGGAGGCCGCUGGCUUUCCGCAGGACCUGCGCCCUGUGCUGCAGGGCAAAGAUCUCAGCUGAUGCCCAAGCUGGCUCCUCAAGGAAUUUGA